CUUACCGAGAGCAGAGGGAAGCUCCUCCCCCACUUGUGUCCUCUCGCUCAUCGAGAAGUUUGAGAGAGAGCAGAUCAUCGUGGUACCAGAUAUCACCGGGGGAGUGAUGUGUACCCCACGGGUCCCCGAACAGCAGGCCGCUUCUGGGUCAUUUAGCCCUCCACCCUCAGAGUUCAUCCUGCCCUGCACGUCUCUUCAGGAUCCACUAGAGGCGCCACUGGCCGAGGAGGAGGUCGAGAAAGAAGAAAAGGAGGAGGAAGAUGAGGUGGACGAAACCGAGGAGGAUGACAGUGAACUCGGGGCGACCUGCUCAGAAAAGCGUCUCUCUAUGGAAUCGGGCUACGGUGCCUCUGAUAAACUGCUGGACACCAUGGAAAUGAGGGACCUCACAGCCAACCAAUCAGAAAUCCCCUCGGAUCGCUUGUCCCUCCCACCGUCACAGAUGGAUGGGAAGCUGGCCAAUAGAGACAGUGGUAUCGACAGCAUCAGCUCGCCCUCACACAGCGAGGAGCUCUGCUUCGUCGGGGACGAGGAUCGGGUCAGUCACGAGAGGGAGAUUUGCCCCUGCAGUCCAGGGCCCGGGCUUCCUUGCGGCUAUGCCGAGGGGCCCGAAGGAGAGGGGGCCAGCGGUGUGGAGGGCGGCAGAGACUCCGAGGGAGACAGUGAUAUGGAGGAGGGCAGCGGGGAUGAGAGUGAGAUGAACCCCAUGGCCCUUCAACCUCUGCCUAAAGCUGAACGACAGGACUCCACUGAGCUGUCAGUCCAGCAGCGGGUGUUUAACAUUGCUAAUGAGCUGCUGCAUACAGAGAAGGCUUACGUGUCCAGACUGCACCUCCUGGACCAGGUGUUCUGCGCCCAGCUGAUGGAGGAGGCCCGAGCUCGCAGCUCCUUCCCCUGUGAGGUGGUCAUGGGCAUCUUCUCCAACAUCUGCUCCAUCUACUGCUUCCACCAGCAGUUCCUGCUGCCCGCGCUGGAGAAACGCAUGGAGGAAUGGGAUCUGAACCCCCGCAUCGGGGACAUCCUGCAGAAACUGGCGCCUUUCCUGAAGAUGUACGGCGAGUACGUGAAAAAUUUUGACCGGGCCAUGGAGCUGGUGAACACCUGGAUGCAGCGCUCCUCUCAGUUCAAAGCCAUCAUUCACAACAUCCAGAAAGAGGAGAUGUGUGGGAAUCUUACCUUACAGCACCACAUGUUGGAGCCUGUGCAGAGGAUCCCUCGCUACGAGCUCCUGCUCAAAGACUAUCUGCACCGCCUGCCAGAGGACGCAGAUGACUUCAAAGACGCUCAGAAAUCUCUGGAGCUGAUCGCCACAGCAGCAGAACAUUCAAACGCUGCCAUCAGGAAAAUGGAGCGCAUGAGAAAGCUGUUGAAAGUGUACGAGUUGCUCGGUGGAGAAGAGGACAUUGUUAACCCGACUAAUGAGCUCAUUAAAGAGGGACACAUCCUGAAACUGUCAGCUAAAAAUGGGACAUCACAGGAUAGAUACCUCAUUCUGUUCAAUGACAGGUUGUUGUACUGCGUUCCCAAACUGAGGCUGAUUGGACAGAAGUUUGGAGUGCGAGCGCGGAUUGACGUUGACGGCAUGGAGCUGAAGGAGACCAGCAGCAUGAACGUACCGCGAACAUUUCUGGUUUCGGGAAAACAACGUUCACUAGAACUGCAAGCAAGGACGGAAGAGGAGAAGAGAGAUUGGAUUCAGGCGAUCCAGGCCACUAUACAGAGACAUGAACAGACGCUGGAGACCUUCCGCAUGCUCAACUGCUCGUUUCGGGAGGAGGACUUCACUCCUCCAAACUCUCCGAAUUGCACAGAGCUUGGAAAGCGAGCGCCGACUCCAAUCCGGGAGAAAGAGGUCACGCUGUGCAUGAAGUGUCAGGAGCCUUUCAACUCUAUUACCAAAAGACGGCAUCACUGCAAAGCCUGUGGACAUGUGGUGUGUGGGAAGUGUUCGGAGUUCCGUGCCCGUCUGUUGUACGAUAACAACCGAGCCAACCGCGUGUGUAUAGACUGCUACACCACGCUAGUGGGAGUGCCGCCCUCUCCGGCCAGUCUGAGCAACAGCACACAGAGACGCCGCUCCAUUCUAGAGAAACAAGCCUCAGUGGCAGCUGAGAACAGCGUGUUGUGUAGUUUCCUUCAUCAUAUGGAGAAAGGAAGUGGACGUGGGUGGCAGAAGGCCUGGUUUGUCAUCCCUGACAAUGAGCCACUGGUGCUGUAUAUCUAUGGUGCUCCGCAGGAUGUCAAAGCCCAGCGCAGUAUUCCCCUCAUCGGCUUCGAGGUGUCCUUACCCGAAUCAAGUGACCGUCUAGAACGCCGCAACGCCUUCAAAAUGAGCCAGAGUCAUUUGACCGUUUACUUUCAGUCUGUGCUGAAACGCUACUAUUUCACUCGAGUAAGUGAAGGUGAACCAGUCGGUGUGUUUUCCCAGUCCACCAGCCUCCAGCCUGCCUGCGGUUUCCUUCCUCAGAGGUUUUUGGACUGUUGA